AUGUCUUCUUUCCGCCUACUAAUCGAGGAUGGCAAGUUCCGUGACGGUCAUGGUCGUCAGGUCGUUCUCCGUGGCAUCAACGUUGCUGCCGAUGCCAAACUCCCAAGCGAACCCGACCAACCCUCUCACACUCCUAUCGACUUCUUCGACGGCGAUAAUGUAACCUUCCACCAGCGUCCAUUCCCCAAAGACGAUGCGCGAUCUCACUUUGCACGUCUGAGACGAUUCGGCUUCAACACCAUCCGAUACAUCUUUACGUGGGAGGCAAUCGAGGCGGCGGGACCUGGAAAAUAUGACGAGGACUUUAUUCAACAUACGAUUGAUAUUCUGAGAAUAGCAAAGGAGUAUGGCUUUUACAUAUUCAUGGAUCCUCACCAGGAUGUCUGGUCUCGCUUUACCGGUGGUUCGGGAGCCCCGUUGUGGACUCUGUAUGCGUGCGGUCUGAACCCUCAGAGCUUCGCCGCGACGGAAGCAGCAAUUGUUCACAACACUUACCCUGACCCUGCUAAUUUUCCAAAGAUGAUCUGGUCGACAAACUACUAUCGACUGGCAGCUGGUACCAUAUUUACUCUGUUCUUUGCUGGCAAAGACUUUGCGCCAAAAUGUAUCAUUGACGGUGUCAAUAUCCAGGACUACCUCCAGGAUCACUUCAUGCGAGCGUGUGGUCAGCUUGCGCAGCGAAUCCACGAGGCAGGCGACUUGGAGAACGUCGUUGUUAUCGGAUGGGAGAGCAUGAACGAGCCCAACAAGGGCAUGACAGGGUACAAGGACCUUACUGUCAUCCCUAAAGAACACCCCUUAAAGAAGGGAACUACCCCAACAAUGUGGCAGACAAUGUUGACUGGUAUGGGACGAGCUUGCGAAGUUGACACCUGGGAGAUGGGUGGCCUGGGCCCUUACAAGACCGGAACCACGCUGGUCGAUCCCCACGGCGAAAUCGCAUGGCUACCGGUAGACUACGACGACUCACGAUACGGAUGGAAGCGUGAUCCUGGUUGGAAGCUCGGCGAGUGUAUCUGGGCGCAGCACGGUGUUUGGGAUAUGGCCACAGACACCCUUCUCCGCAAAGAUUAUUUUGCCAAAAACCCCCACACUGGCAAGCUAAUCGACUAUCCGCAUUUCACAAACACCUACUUUAUGGACUUCUGGCGGAGAUAUGUCAAGACCUGCCGAGCUGUUCACCAGGACUGCAUCAUGCUUAUGCAGUUUCCCACUCUCGAGCUACCACCCGAGAUCAAGGGAACCGCAGAUGACGACCCCCGAAUGGCCUUUACCCCACAUUACUACGAUGGCAUCACGCUCAUGACGAAGCAUUGGAAUAGCACAUGGAACGUUGAUGUCGUUGGAGUCUUAAGAGGCAAGUACUGGCAUCCAGCUCUGGCAAUCAGAAUCGGAGAGACAGCUAUCCGAAAUUGUCUUCGAGAUCAACUUGCAACACUGAGACAAGAGGGUCUUGACCGCACCGGAAAUCAUCCCUGCGUACUUUCGGAGUUUGGAAUUCCUUAUGACAUGGACGAAAAGAAGGCCUAUAAGACAGGCGACUACUCGAGCCAGUCAGCGGCAAUGGAUGCCAACUACUUUGCUGUCGAGGGAUCCCAGCUUGAGGGCCAUUGUCUAUGGACGUAUUGUGCUAGGAACGAUCACGUCCGAGGAGACUUUUGGAACGGUGAGGAUUUGUCUAUUCUUUCACUGGAUGACAAGCCCCUGCCAGACUCGCCUGUUCCCGAAUAUUCGCAGUCAUCACUAGAUCUGGCGAGAACCCCGACCGGUGUAAAUGCUAAGAAAGAUGUGGCUGACGAUCGAAAUGUUACACCCGACAAUCUAAAACGUACACUCACCAACCCGUCAAUCAGCUCUGCGCCCUCUGCGAAGGACCCCCAGUUGACCAAUGCCCCCGGCUAUCGCGCUGCCGAGGCCUAUGUGCGCCCAACACCUACAGUCGUGCAUGGUGACAUUGUGUCCACCGGGUUCGAUCUGCGACAGUGCACAUAUAUCCUCAAGGUCAAGGCGCCCAAGGCAGCACCAGAUAAUGCCCCUACGAUUGUGUUCUUGCCCGAGUACCAUUUCCCCAAAGACCAGUGCGAGGUGGCCGUGUCUUCGGGCAAGUGGGAACUCAGCAUAGAUGACGAUGAGGGCACAACGCUUCAGAUGCUCAAGUGGUGGCAUGCAGAGGGAGAGCAGAGCAUAAAGGUCUCGGGGCAAGUGCGUAAGCACAACGUUGUUGCGGGUACCGAGGAAGACGCUGGCUAUCUUGAGCAGUGCCAGCAGGGCUACGGAUACAAUUUUUCAAGCUGUAGUGUUAUGUGA